AUGAGCGUGAAGUCGACGCUCUCGCCGCCCGCGGUUGAGCGACUGCGACGAGCUAUCCAUCGGACGGAGGCCAAAAUCUUCACUCCAGCAGCGCGACCGCAUCUCCACCAGUCCGUGGCCGCGUAUGCCGCGAGCCCGACGCUUACUGCGCUUGCCAUUUACGUGACCUCCGACGACCUCACGCUCUCGCGCCGCACCGAUGAGUCUUACGCGCUGUCGAUCGAGGGGGCGCCGCCCGCGGCGACGCUGCGCGCGCACACUGUGUACGGUGCACUGCACGGCCUGGAGACGUUCUCACAGCUCGUGUCACGAGGGAGCGGCUUGCGCGGCAAAUGCUCGGCGGUCAUCAACGCGUCGCGGCUCGCCAUCAGCGACGCGCCUCGCUUCCGGUGGCGCGGGCUGAUGCUCGACUCGGCGCGGCACUACCUGCCGGUCGAGGCCAUCACGGCGAUGCUCGACGCGAUGUCGUUCAACAAGCUCAACGUCCUCCACUGGCACAUCUCCGACUCGCAGUCCUUCCCGCUGCUCACCAAGGCCCGAGGAGUUAGUUGCUAG